AUGGAAGCAAAACGAGAAGUUUGGCCUGAAGAUGCUUUGGAGAUGGUGGCUAAUAAACACUUUGAAGGGAUUGAGUUUGGAGAAAAUGCGCGUGAAUCCUCAGUAACAUUAUGCAAAUACUUUCAUGAAAGUGUAAGAAAAUUAGCUGAAAAAUUCUUAGAAGAAUUACGUCGGCAUAGCUAUGUAACACCAACAUCGUACUUAGAAAUGAUACUUACAUUUAAAAAGUUAUUGCAUAAAAAACGUACAGAAUUGACUACGAUGCGUAAUCGCUAUUUAACUGGCUUAGAUAAGUUGGAAUUCGCUUCUGGCGAAGUUGGAAAAAUGCAAAUUGAACUGCGUGACCUGCAGCCAUUGCUCAUUGAAACUAGUACAGAGACUGAUAUCCUUCUGACAAAGAUAGCACAAGACUCUGUUGAAGUUGAAGCUCAACCGGCUGCUGCAUCAAAGGCUAUUAAAGAUGAAUGUGAAGCGGACUUGGCCGAGGCUAUGCCAAUAUUAAACGAAGCACUGGCAUCAUUAGACACACUGAAGCAAAGUGAUAUUACUUUGGUUAAGUCAAUGAAAAAUCCACCAAGUGUUGUUAAGUUAGUUAUGGAAGCCGUCUGCAUUAUGUUAGGUGAAAAAGCUGAUCGUAAACCAGAUGGUACUGGUCGGAUGGUUGAAGACUAUUGGGGUCCAUCACUAAAGUUGCUAGGUGAUCUUAAAUUUUUAGACCGUUUGAGAAAUUAUCAAAUCGACAAUAUUCCAGCAACGAUAAUGAAAAAAAAUUCGGGAAAAUUAUUACGCAAUGCAAGUACAGCAUGUGAGGGUUUAUGCAAGUGGAUAUUAGCAUUGGAUAAAUAUGACAAGGUGGCUAAAAUUGUUGCGCCGAAGAAAGAGAAGUUGGGUAUUGCUGAGGCUGAACUUGAAGUACAAUUAGCGAGACUAGCUGAGAAGAAAGCUGCUUUGAAUGAAGUUCAAGCCAAGUUUCAAACUCUGCAAGAUCAACUAGAUGAAAUGCAAAGCAAAAAGCAAGAUUUAGAAGACAAUAUUGAUUUAUGUAGUAAAAAGUUAGAUCGUGCUGAAAAGUUGAUCAGUGGAUUAGGCGGUGAGAAAACACGUUGGACUGAAGCAGCUGCAAUGUUGAAGGAACGAUAUGUGAAUAUUAUUGGAGAUGUUUUAUUAAGUGCAGGAGUUGUUGCCUACUUAGGUCCCUAUACUGUUGAUUUUCGAACUCGUAUCCAAAAUGAAUGGCAUGAAUUAAGCCAAAAGUUGGAAAUUCCAUGCUCUGAAGUAUUUCGUAUCUCAGAUACUUUAGGUGACCCAGUGAAAAUCCGGUCGUGGAAUAUUGCUGGACUGCCAGUGGAUAGCUUUUCUACAGAUAAUGGUAUAAUCGUUACGAAUUCUGACAGAUGGUCACUGUGUAUAGAUCCACAAGGUCAAGCCAAUAAAUGGAUUAAAAACAUGGAGAAAGAUAACAAACUACAAGUUAUAAAACUGAGUGACAUGCAUUACUUACGUACCCUUGAAAAUGCUAUCCAGUUCGGAAUGCCCAUAUUAUUGGAAAAUGUUGGUGAAGAAUUGGAUCCACUUCUAGAACCUGUACUUCAGCGCAUAAUAUUCAAAUCACAAGGAAGUUGGUGUAUACGUCUUGGGGAUAAUGUGGUUGAAUAUAAUCCUGGUUUUCGUUUCUAUAUCACCACAAGGUUACGUAAUCCACAUUACCUACCAGAAAUUUCCGUGAAAGUUUGUUUGAUCAACUUUAUGAUCACACCACUUGGAUUACAAGACCAGCUGUUAGGCAUAGUAACAGCUGAAGAGAAGCCUCAAUUAGAAGCAACUAAAAAUCAAUUGAUAGUUGAGUCAGCUGAUAAUAAGCGACAACUGAAAGAAUUAGAGGAUAAAAUUUUGGAAGUACUGAGCACAUCACAGGGCAAUAUAUUGGAGAAUGAAACAGCCAUCAAUGUAUUAAGCUCAUCAAAAAUAUUAAGUGAAGAGAUAACCAAAAAACAAGCUGUUGCAGAAGUUACUCAACUAGAAAUUGACGCAGCACGCAAUGGUUAUCGUCCAGUUGCUGAGCAUGGUUCACUUUUAUUCUUUUGUAUAUCGGAUCUAUCAAAUAUUGAUCCAAUGUAUCAGUAUUCAUUGACGUGGUUUAUCAAUUUAUUUUUGUCGUCCAUUUCGAGUAGUGAAAAGUCGCCGAUUUUAGAAGAACGGAUUGAACUAUUGAACAAUCACUUCACAACAAGUGUUUAUCGAAAUAUUUGUCGUUCAUUAUUUGAAAAUCACAAAUUACUAUUCUCAUUAAUUAUGUGUUAUUCUCUUAUGAAAAACAAAGAUAAAGUGGAUGAAACAGUUUGGCGUUUUCUAAUUACCGGUUUAGAUGGAUUUAUGGAAAGUGUACAAGAGUCGCCGAAUCAAUGGAAAGCCUUAUAUGAUGACCUUUCACCUCAUAAGUUCUCCAUUCCGGGGAAAUUUUCAAAAUUGGAAGGUCUUGAAAAGUUGGCUGUAUUACGAUGUAUACGACCAGAUAAAGUAGUCCCUGGAAUACAAGAUUUUAUUGUGCAAAAUAUGGGUCAACGAUUCAUUGAACCGCCAACUUUUGAUUUAGCUGGUUCAUUUGCUGAUUCCAAUUGCUGUUCACCACUGAUAUUUAUUUUGUCACCUGGUGCUGAUCCAAUGAACGCUUUAAUUAAAUUUGGUAUAGACUUAGGAUAUACUGGUGACCGUAUACAAACAAUUUCACUUGGUCAAGGUCAAGGUCCUAUAGCUGCAAAUAUGAUUCAACGGGCUAUUACAGAUGGUACAUGGGUUGUACUACAAAACUGCCAUUUAGCUGUCAGUUGGAUGAAAUCAUUAGAAAAGAUAUGUGAGGAAACAAUUGUACCAAGUAAUGUGGAUACUAAUUUUCGCUUAUGGCUUACGAGUUAUCCUUCACCAGAUUUUCCUGUCACAAUAUUAGAAAAUGGUGUUAAAAUGACAAAUGAACCACCCAAAGGUUUACGUUCCAAUUUAUUGCGUUCUUAUUUAAAUGAUCCCAUAUCUGAUCCAGAAUUCUAUGAUGGCUGUUUAAAAAACCCUAUCUGGCACAAAAUGUUAUUUGGAUUAUGCUUUUUCCAUGCCUUAGUUCAAGAACGUCGAAAAUUUGGUCCACUUGGCUGGAAUGUUCCGUACGAGUUCAAUGAAUCUGAUCUGCGUAUAAGUGUACGACAAAUGAAGAUGUUCUUAGAUCAGUAUGAUGAAGUUCCAUUGGAAGCACUAACUUAUUUAACUGGUGAAUGCAAUUAUGGUGGUCGAGUAACAGAUGAUAAAGACAGACGUUUAUUAGUUUCAUUAUUGGGUAUAUUUUAUAACAGAAAGAUUAUUGACGAACAAAAUUACAAAUUUUCAGCGUCUGGAAUAUACUAUUGUCCUGAUGAUGGCACAGCUCAAGAUUUCAUUGAAUAUAUACGUUCGCUACCAAUAAAUCCAAUGCCAGAAGUCUACGGUCUUCAUGAUAAUGCUGAUAUCACUAAAGAUAAUCAAGAAACAUUCCAACUGUUUUCCGGGAUCUUACUAACACUGCCAAGACAAAAAAGUAGAACUGGUAAAUCGCCAGAAGAAACUGUACAAGAACUUGCCGCAGAUAUCCUGUCAAAACUUCCUCCUGACUUUGAUUUAAAAGAAAACUCAACAAAGUCAGUGAAUAAUUGUCUUGCAAACAGACAACAGCUUAUGAGUACACCAGCAACAACAUCUAUACGACCAGCAGCAAAAUUGUUCGAUCAGUCAAUUAGCAAUUAUAAUCAAACAUAUGGGACUUUAUCAUUGUCUCAACUAAAUCAGUUACAUGCACGUAAAUGGACACGGUGAAAUAUAAUUUAAAUAUUUAUGGGUACGAUGUGAAGAGUGAUUGUAAGCACACAUUGCAACAAAUUAUGAGUACAUUUUGAAAUCAUUCUACCAUAUAACUUGAAUCUUUUUGUGAAAUGUUUUUAAACAUGUUUUUCCGUGCUCUUGAUUCCUACGCACAAUAUAGAUCCCGUUCAUCCUUCUUUUUACAGAUUGAAAUUUUGUUUUAGUAGAAGUAAAUACAUGUCUACAACGCCUACAUUUUUGGCCCGAAACAACUUAAAUUCAUCCUUCGCUUGACAGUAGUUAACAUUUACCUUUUUUUUCCACUUUGUGAGAUAUUUCACAGUUGAGGCUAAUUGACAUGCUGUAAAGUCCCCUCCCUGAAGAAAAUUUGUUGGAAUGUCAAAUUUUUAGAAUGUAUCAUUAUAUUACUUUCGUAGAUAAUCGUUAGCUUCAAUGUACUACUAGUAUGUAUAAUACUAAGCAAAUACGAAUUUUGUACAUUUCUGCCUAUUUAUUUCUCUGUCUUUAUUUUGGUUAGAAGGGAUUUUUUUGAUUUUUUUUCAAACUAGAAUUUCCGUAAUUACUAUGUGAGCAGUUAUGAUUCAUAAUGCAAUUAUUUGUAAAGUAAUACUAGAAUGAUUUCUUGAUUUGGUUUUCUUUAUAUUAAUAUCUUAAUAUCCAGUUUGAUGGAGAAUCCUUCCUGG